GGCUGGCGGUGACCGCGGGGUGGCUCGGGGUCCGCCUGGCCCUGCCCCGACCGAGCCCCGGCGGGCGGGAGCGCGGCCGGAGAUCGGGCAGGAUAGAUAAAUUAUACAAAAAUACUUCUGGUUUCCAUGCAGCAUUUCACUGAUUUUGGUUCUGAAGGCUCAUCAUAUGAUACAGAUAACUUAAAGAGCUCUCAACUACAUUUUGAAUUGCACUAAGUUUUGCAACACAGCACACGUCUAAGUAUGCAGUCUGCUAAUAUGCUUCUGAGAAAAAUUGUAAGAAGUUCUGUUCUUCCAUUUGCUGCACAACAUGGGAUGAAAAAGGAUUUGUUUCUGCUCAGUAGAACUCUGAGUUUAUCACUUUGUCUGAAGCAGGAAAAAUCAUGUGAACCUUCAGAAAAGCUAGAUUUAGAUGAGUGGAAGAAAGUAAUGAAAUCUGGGUUACAAGAAGAGGUCAGUGAGACGGUCUCGGAGCCUAAGGAGCUUUCCAGUUUGGCUGCUGCACGUGAGACUUUGGAGAUGUGGAGGCUAGCUGGCAGAGCAGUUCCAGAAAAAAUUAGUGAAGAACAGCUAAAAACUUUUAUGGAGUGUCCUUCUAAGUCAGCCAAAAAGAAGUAUUUAAAAUUCUUACAUCUCAAAGAACUUUACAAGAAAAAUAACAAAAGAAAAAUGGAUGAGAAAAGAGAAAGGAAGCUAGAAGCACAAGAUCAAGCUUCAAAAACAGAUGAGACCAAAAAGAGUUCAUUUGUAUGUUUGUGGUCCAGCACUAUGGAUAAAGCUUACAAUUGGAGGGCUGCUCAGUCCAUGAUCUUUGGCCAGCCUCUAGUAUUUGACAUGUCUUACGAAAAAGAAAUGUCUGUCCGAGAAGUCACAAAUACAGUGAGACAGCUAGUACUGAGUGAAAGCUGCAAUCGGAGAUCUGUGGAUCCAUUCCACAUCCACUUCUGUAACUUCAAAGAUGAUAGCCUGUAUCAAAGGGAAUUUAUCAAGCAUUAUAGAGAGGCAUGGGACAAACUACUUAUCACAGUGACAGACCGGUGCUACACAGAAAUCUUUCCAAAGGAUAAGCUCAUCUAUCUGACAGCUGAUUCUCCCAAAGUAAUGAAAACAUUUGAUCAUGAUAAGAUUUAUAUUGUUGGGUCAAUGGUUGACAAGAGCAUAAAAACAGGAGUCUCUUUAGCACAGGCAAAACGAUUAGGACUGGAGACUGCAGCCCUUCCACUGGAGAAGUAUUUGCUUUGGAGUAGUGGUGCCAAAAAUCUCACACUGGAUCAAAUGAUGCAUAUUUUAUUAACCGUGAAAGAUACUGCUGACUGGAAGAAGGCUCUGGAAUUUGUUCCAAAAAGGAAAUACUGUGGCUUUGUAAACAAACCUGUAAAGGAACUGAAAAAAACGUUAGACCUGAUCAACACACUUAAACUUGGAAGGGGAAGGGAAGAAGUAGAAAAGCAAUUUGCCAAAAACUACCCCAAGAAGUAUAAACUAAAGCAAAAGUAGAGCGAUGGGGAGGAGAAUGAAUUUUUGACAUGCAAACUUUGUCCUUUAAUGCUCCAUCUUCUCGGUACAUCUGGAACUCUGUUCAGCUCUUAAUCUCAAAACACAUUUUGUUGUUUACGUUUGAAAUGACCAUCACUAGGAGUUGGGGUUUUUAAAUUACUUUAGUAGUCCAGCUGUUUAAAUUUAUUCACACAUUAUUGAAAUUAUGUAAGAGAAAUUAGAUAAUCUAUUGUAAAAAAAAAUUACACGAAGACUAUCAGUCUGUUCAAUUGAACUGUGCUUGGACAAGGCUGAUUGUUACUGAAUGCAAAGGUCUUCAGAGCUCACUGCUUUGGAGGCUGCCUACAGUUUUAUGCUAAAAGAUCACAAAGAUGAAGUAGAAGAGUCCUCUUCCUGAAUCCUCUUGUGUGCAGAUGAAUUUACCUUUGAUAGCUGGAUUAAAAUGGUUAAAACCUUGCAUGAGUUCAGGGAACCACACCAUUUAUUCCUGGAUGUUCUGUCUGGCACAAAUCAAGUCCGUGUUUGGAAGGAAUAAGGCAGAUUUCUUGACUGUGCUAAAAAAAAUAAUCUACUUUUGUGUAAGACUUAUCCCAGAGUGCCUGUGUUUUCAGGCCAUGUAAAUGUAGAUUUCCCAAAGUGAUGGAAUUUCUGAGUUAAUAAACAGUCUUGUUAGUAAAUACUUAGAGGAGCAGAGAGCCUUUUAAUAUUUCUCACAGCUCAAAAUAUAUUGGUGUCUCUCUGGAAGUACGUGUUCAGGCUGCAGAGCUGCCAUGGGCAGCUAAAUACAGGUCUGCUGUCUGUAGGACGAGUGGGCUUUCUUCGUCGGUGAUGUUUAAAGUCAGUGAUGGCAGAUGGUGAGUUGGUGGUCACCUGGUAACCUCUUCCUACAUGCUGUUGCAAAGUGGGGGUUGGAAGGCGAAGAUUUGCUACCCCAAUACCACCCUUUAUUGCCUGUUGUGAGGUGCAGGGGCCUCCAGGCAUGGAUCAUCUCUGGCACAGGGAAAGAUCUGGUUCCUUUCAGCUGUGUGUGGUUGGGAAGUACACAAAGCUUCACCCUAGGGUGGUGUUCCAGGUGAUGCUUGAGAGCUGCCUUCAGCUCCCUGGAAAGCCCUGAAGUGCAAGGACUGGAUGUGUGAGUGUGCCUCACUUGGGCAGACUCUUUCCUCAAGAAAGGAAGAGACAACAAUGGAGUUAUGUUCUGCUGAGUGUCGUAGAAUUGUGGAAUGGUUUGGGCUGGAAGGGGCCUCAUCUAAUUCCAAUCUUCUGCCUUGGGCUGGGUACCAUAUCCCUUCUGUCAUUUGGUCUUCCAUACAAACAGCCUCUUCUGAUCUGCAAGCCGGCUUGCACACUGGGAUGGGGGAAGGUUGUGUCACUGCUCACUUGGACUUGUCUUACAGAAUCACAGCC